GCCCCGGCAAGAUGGCGGCCCCCAUGGAGCUCAGCUGCUGGGGAGGAGGCUGGGGGCUCCCUUCAGUCCACAGCGAGUCCCUGGUGGUGCUGGCUUAUGCCAAAUUUUCUGGCGCGCCCUUGAAAGUCAAUAUUAUAGAUAACACCUGGAGAGGCUCAAGAGGUGAUGUCCCAGUUUUGACAACGGAAGGCAGUAUUGUUUCUAAGCCUGCAAAAAUUCUAAACUUUUUAAGAAAACAGAAAUAUAAUGCUGAUUGUGAGCUCUCAGCAAAACAAGGGGCAGAUACGCUGGCUUACCUUGCUCUCCUGGAAGAGAAGCUUCUCCCUGCCGUGCUUCACACCUUCUGGGUUGAGAAUGAGAAUUACUUGACCGUGACAAAGCCGUGGUUUGCCUCUCGCAUCCCUUUUCCUCUCAAUCUAAUCCUGCCGGGAAGGAUGUCUAGAGGGGCCCUGAACAGGAUCCUCCUGACAAGGGGAGAGCCUCCCCUCUACCACGUCCAAGAAGUGGAGGCACAGAUAUACAGAGAUGCCAAGGAGUGCCUAAAUCUCCUAUCAAACAGAUUGGGAACAUCUCAGUUUUUCUUUGGUGACACGCCUUCUACCUUGGACGCCUAUGUGUUCGGUUUCCUUGCGCCUCUUUAUAAAGUGCGUUUUCCCAGAGUUCACUUACAAAAGCAUCUGAAACAGCUCUCCAACCUGUGCCGCCUCUGUGAUGACAUCCUGGACAGCUACUUUAGGUACGGCCCUGGAGGCAUCUCUCCGGCUGGACAAGAAGCGGUAGAUGCAAACCUGCAGAAACUCACCCAGCUUGUGAAUAAGGAGGCCAACUUAAUUGAGAAGAUGGAUGGCAACCUUCGCCAAAGCCCUCAGCUUCUUCCUCGGAAGCUGCCAACCCUCAAACUGACUCCAGCAGAAGAAGAGAGUGAUUCCUUGCAGCUGCUGUCACCCUGAUAGUCGCAGCCAGCUGUAGCCAGUCUUAUGAUUGUUGCAGUAAUUGCUGAUGCCAAGUGUACGGAGACCCAAAGAACGCUGUGUUGGGUUUAAGACUAAAGCAGAGG